AUGGGGUGUGGAAUGAGCACCGAGGACAAGGAAGGAAAGGCUAGAAAUGAAGAGAUUGAGAAUCAACUGAAGAGGGAUAAGAUGCUGCAGAGAAACGAGAUCAAAAUGCUCUUGCUUGGUGCUGGAGAGUCUGGCAAAUCCACAAUUUUGAAACAGAUGAAACUCAUUCACGAGGGUUCAUAUUCGCGAGAUGAGAGAGAAUCCUUCAAGGAAAUCAUUUUCAGCAACACCGUCCAGUCGAUGCGCGUUAUUCUCGAGGCUAUGGAAGGACUAGAUAUCCCGUUGGAUGACCAGCGUGCCGAAUACCAUGUUCAGACUAUCUUCAUGCAACCAGCACAGAUUGAAGGCGAUUGCUUACCCCCCGAUGUUGGCAGUGCAAUCGACGCCCUUUGGAACGAUGCUGGUGUACAAGAAUGUUUCCGGAGAUCUCGCGAGUAUCAGCUGAAUGACUCUGCACGAUACUAUUUUGACUCCAUCAAGCGUAUCGCCGCAUCCGAUUAUUUACCUAGCGACCAGGAUGUCCUUCGCUCCCGUGUUAAGACCACAGGUAUCACGGAGACAACGUUUAUCAUUGGCGAUCUCACGUACCGUAUGUUCGACGUAGGUGGUCAGCGUUCUGAGCGCAAGAAGUGGAUCCAUUGCUUUGAAAACGUCACAACCAUUCUUUUCCUUGUUGCUAUCUCUGAGUACGACCAGCUCCUGUUCGAAGACGAAACCGUCAACCGUAUGCAGGAAGCUCUCACACUUUUCGAUUCCAUUUGCAAUUCGAGAUGGUUUACCAAGACUUCUAUCAUCCUCUUUCUCAACAAGAUUGAUCGGUUUAAGGAGAAACUGCCUGUUAGCCCAAUGAAAAACUACUUCCCUGAUUACGAAGGGGGUGCCGAAUACACUGCUGCUUGCGACUAUAUCCUCAACCGCUUCGUCUCGCUCAACCAGGCUGAGCAGAAGCAAAUUUAUACACACUUCACCUGUGCUACUGAUACCUCUCAAAUCCGAUUCGUCAUGAUGGCUGUCAACGAUAUAAUCAUCCAGGACAACCUUCGCCUCUGUGGACUGAUAUGA